UGGUUUGUAGGGGGAAUCAAGAUGGCGGCUCUUCCAUUAGCGCCAACUUAUCUAUUCUUUUAGAUGUCAAUAAUAAAAAGAAAUAGCCCGCUCUGUCCCCCGAUUCCCCAGGGUUUCGUGCAUCAUGAGGAGAAGGAGCACCGCAUGCGGCGGGAAUUAAGUUUAUAAAGACCCUUAACAGGAAGCCAGCGAGAUGUGCGAGAGCUAUGCCCGCUCGCUGCUGCGGGUUUCGGUGGCGCAGAUCUGCCAGGCGCUGGGCUGGGAUGCGAUUCAGCUCACUGCGUGCGACCUGCUCUCCGACGUCCUGCACAGAUAUAUACAGCAGUUGGCUAGAGGCUGUCAUCGGUACUCGGAGCUCUAUGGGCGGACCGACCCGAUACUCGACGACGUGGGCCAGGCGUUCAGGCUGCUGGGGGUCAACCUGAACGAGCUGGAGGACUACGUCCACAACCUGGAGCCCGUGGCCUUCGCCCACCAGACGCCCCUCUUCCCCGUCAGCAAGAACAACGUGCUGCAGUUCCCCCAGCCCGGGGUGAGGGACAACGAGGAGAGGAAGGAGUACAUUCCAGACUACAUGCCCCCCCUGGUGUCCCUACAGGAAGAGGAAGAGGAGGAGCCAGUCCUGCCCGACAUGGGAACGUCAGCCGAGGCCAUGCAGGUGCCCCUGGAUGAGGAAGAGGAGGAGAUGGAGGACGACGAGGCUGUCAACGACGAGAACUACCUGAGCAAGAGGCACCUAGACAGCCCCGACUCCAUGGACAUGAUGCCUGUGGCGAAGAGGCCCCGCCUACCCGGGUACAAGUCGGCGGACAGCCCAGACUGGGGGGUGGAGCCUCGGGAGCCCCUGAGCUCCCUCAACCCGCAGCGUGCCCCGCCCCCAAUGCUGUCCUCCCUUCACUCCCACGACAGCUCUGGCUCCCUCACCCUGUCCCCUGAGCCGCCGGGCCAUGCCCCCUCCGCUAGAUCCACUCCCCCGGCCGUGCCCCGGGCGCCCGACUCCAAGCCCCUCGCCGCCCCGAGCCGGAAGCCCAAGAUCACCUCGCCAGGCAGGCCGAGGACAAAGUCGCCCAAGAGGGCGAACGCAGGCGCCGUGGCGGGAAGCCCCAUCCGGUCGCCCAAGGCCGUGCAGAAGGAGAGGAAGAAGUCGCCGGGCCGGACGAGGAGCCCCAAAAGCCCCAAGAGCCCAAAGGUGGGCCCCGCCAAGGUGCCCCACCUGCCGGGGAAGAUGGACAUCCCCCCGAAGGCAUCCCUGAGCGCGUUGAGCGAAAAGAUGGGGAAGGAGAACAUCCACUCGAGGCAGGGCCAGGCGAUGGCGGCCGAGUCCAAGAAGCAGCAGCAGCUGCAGCAUCAGCAGCACCAGCAGCAGCUGGCGGCCGAGGAGCACCUGUGCAAGCUGGACCCGCUCGACAACACCAUCGACGACUCCAUUGACGCGGUGAUCGCCCGGGCCUGUGCCGAGAGGGAGCCCGACCCGUUUGCCUUCUCCUCGGGCUCUGAGUCCGAGAGCGACGUCUUCUCCAGCCCGCGGCGGCUCACCAUCUCGGAGCCCGCCACGCCCAAGCUGAUGCUCAGCGUCAACAGCUUUGGCAAGGACACCUCCACGCCGCUCGUGCCCAACCCCGCUGCCGCGCUGGGCGCCAGCAACUCCUGGACCAUGGACGACUCCAUCAACGAGGUCAUCCGCAAGGUCAACCAGGGGGCGCCAGGGGGGACGCCCCCCGGUGCCACCUACCUGUCGUCCCCGUCCGCCUCGCCCCCCACCCCCGAGCCCCUCCUCAAGGUGUAUGAGGAGAAGAACAAGCUGGCGGCGUCGGCCGACGUCAAGAAGAAGCUGAAGAAGGAGCUGAAGACGAAGAUGAAGAAGCGGGAGAGGGAGAAGCAGAAGGAGAAGGAGAGGGAGAAGGGCAAGAGCAAGGACAAGAACCGCGACAAGAGCCGGGACAAGGAGCGCGACUUCAUCAAGGAGCCCAAGGUCCCCUGGAAGGACUUCUCUGCCAAGGAGGACGAGCAGCGGGAGCUCUUCAAGCCGCGGGACGCCGACGAGCCGUCGGUGCCUAAGGUGAAGUCCCGCGACAGCGGCGGCUCCAGGAAGGACAGGGAAAAGCACAAGGACAAGAAGAAAGAUAAAGAGAAGAGCAAGAAGGAUAAAGACAAGAGGGACAAAAGCAAGGACAAAGGCAAAGAGGACAGGCAGAAGAUUUCGGCGGCCCCGCUCUCGCUCGGCCUGAAGGAGGCGCCGUUGCCGCUGUUCAGCCCCGCGGCCUGCCUCCGCAUCCCUUCCAUGCUGCCCCCCCUGCCGCCCAUCCUCCCCGACAAGCUCUUCCAGGACAAGGACAAGGACAAGGCCAAGGAGAAGGACAAGAAGAAAGACAAGAAGGAGAAGAAGAAGAAGAAGGACAAGGAGAAGGACAAGGAGAAAGAGCGGGAGAAGGAGAAGGCCAAGGAGAAGGAGCGGGAGAAGGAGGAGAAGAAGAAGGAGAAGGAGAAGCGAGAGAAGGAGAAAGAGAAGGAGAAGGAGAAGGAGAAGCAUAAGCUUGAGAAGGUGAAGGUGGAGCCCCCUGCGGCCAUCCCAUCUCCGGUCAUCCCCAGACUGACCCUAAGAGUGGGCGCUGGUCAGGACAAGAUAGUCAUCAGCAAGGUGGUGCCCACUGCCGAGGUGAAAACCCCGGCCCCCAAGACGCCGGCCGCCAAGUCGGGACCCGCCAGCCGAGCCCGCACGCCUCCCCCCACCCCGAUCCUCGCCCCCGUGGCGCCCCCGGUGGCGGCCACGCCCCUGCACCCCCCUCCUGCCGCGCCCCCCGCGGCCUCCCCCGCCCCGGCGCCCCACCCGCUCCCCACCCCGCCCGCUGGCGGCUCCUCCAAGACGCCCGUGCGCAGCGUGGUGACCGAGACCGUCAGCACCUACGUGAUCCGAGACGAGUGGGGUAACCAGAUCUGGAUCUGUCCCGGGUGCAACAAACCGGACGACGGCAGUCCGAUGAUUGGAUGCGACGACUGUGAUGACUGGUACCACUGGCCCUGUGUGGGUCUCCUUGCCGCCCCUCCGGAGGAUGUGCAGUGGUUCUGCAUUAAGUGCGCCAGCAAGAAAAAGGACAAAAAACACAAGAAGCGGAAACACAAAGUGCACUGAUCCGCGGUGCGCAGAGCCCAGAGAGAGGACGCCGAGGACAAGCCCAGAUUCCGCCCGCACCGAAACGCCCCGCCCCGCCCCCAAAAGACCACACCCCGAAGCGUGCUCCUGUGUUACCGAGGCCGGCGCCACGCCGCGUCCUUUCAGACUGACACAAUGGGCGCCUCAGCAGUCGGCAUCCUCGCGCCGUUCACGGUGUGGUUUCAUGUGACCAUCACGUUGACCGUCACACCACCGCAAUCUGCGCAACACCACGUCUGACCGUGACCCUCCACAGGCUUUUUGGUUUUGGGAACAGGAAUCGCGCGCCCCUCGGACGUCAGCAGCAGACAAAAACGGGCAACACCGAAACGGUCUCGGUCCGACGUCGGAAUCCUCUCACCCCGAAGCCAGACGCGUCCAUAGAAACCCCUCAAAAGACUGGACAGCUAGUUCUGUUUGACCCCCCUCUGUCAUUUUCCUAUUGUUUUUGUUUGUACUAUUACUAUUUUUUUUUCUAUUGAUGAGACAUGGUAACCCACAAAAGAUUUAUCUUCAUACAGAAUGACACAAAUAAUCAGACUGAUUUCAAAUGCCUUCUGGUAAUCUCCAGGCUUUUUUCUGAAGCACGUCAUGACAAAAUGUAUAUACAAAUGACUAUGUUUGUGUAUAUAAAUGUAUAUAUAAACCCACAAACCAAGUGUUUUCUGUUAUGAGCCUGAGUUGUUUUUUUUUUCUCUC